UCUCAGGGAACAGAGAAGCGGGCAGCGCUCGGCGGCGGCCGUCCUGAGACGGUUGGUCUGUGGCCGCGGCGCCCCUUCCCAUUCCCUCGGACCCCUCACGGGAGCCCGAGGCCUGCCUGCCUAGCUGGCCUCCCAUUCGUCCGCGCAGGCCCGGCCUGGCCUUCUGCCUUUUCCUCAGCGCGGGGAGGAGAAAGACGGGAGACGCGGACGAGGAUUCGCCGCGCCGGCUCUUGAGGCGAGGCGGCGCUCACCGGCGGCGGCGGCGGCGGCGGCACGCAGGUUUCGUAGGGCUCUCCUGAGCAUGAAUUCAGGAUGAAGCGGCGAGUGGAGGAACAGGACUCCCCCGUCUACGCGUCCCAGCAGAGACGCAUCGCCAGCAGCGCUGAGCCCUUCCAGCACCAGCAUCGCGUGCUGGCUCCAGCUCCCCCCGUCUAUGAAUCGGUUUCGGAGACCAUGCAAUCCGCUACCGGGAUCCAGUACUCGGUCACUCCCAGCUACCAGGUGUCCACCGUUCCCCAGAGCUCCAACAGCCACGGCCCCACUUUAGCCGCCGUCCACAGCGGGCAUCAUCACCCCACCCCCGUUCAGCCCCACGGAAGCCAAGUGGUGCAGAGCCACGCCCAUCCGACUCCACCAGCAGCACCAGUCCAGGGGCAGCAGCAGUUCCAGAGGCUGAAGGUCGAAGAUGCUCUUUCUUACCUUGACCAGGUGAAGCUGCAGUUUGGUAGCCAGCCUCAAGUCUACAAUGAUUUCUUGGACAUAAUGAAGGAGUUUAAAUCUCAAAGCAUCGACACUCCCGGGGUGAUCAGCCGUGUCUCUCAACUCUUCAAAGGCCACCCAGAUUUGAUCAUGGGUUUCAACACCUUCUUGCCUCCGGGCUACAAAAUCGAAGUCCAGACCAACGACAUGGUGAAUGUAACCACCCCGGGGCAAGUGCACCAAAUCCCGGCCCAUGGCCUCCAGCCGCAGCCCCAGCCGCAGCCGCAGCACCCGUCUCAACCUUCAGCACAAUCUGCUCCCACCCCGGCGCAGCCGGCCCCACAGCCUCCGCCUGCCAAGAUCAGCAAGCCCUCCCAGCUACAGACCCAUACGCCCACCAGCCAGCAAACUCCUCCGGUCCCCUACGCCUCCCCUCGCUCUCCGCCGGUCCAGCCCCACACGCCCGUGACAAUCUCCCUGGGGACCACCCCGUCCCUCCAGAACAAUCAGCCCGUGGAGUUUAACCACGCCAUCAACUACGUCAACAAGAUCAAGAACCGUUUUCAAGGGCAGCCGGACAUUUAUAAGGCUUUUUUGGAGAUUCUCCACACCUAUCAGAAAGAGCAGCGAAAUGCCAAGGAAGCCGGUGGGAACUACACCCCAGCGUUGACCGAACAGGAAGUCUAUGCCCAGGUGGCGCGCCUCUUUAAGAACCAGGAGGACUUGCUCUCCGAAUUCGGGCAGUUCUUGCCAGAUGCAAAUAGCUCCGUUCUCUUGAGCAAGACCACUGCGGAGAAAGUGGAGUCGGUGAGAAAUGACCACGGAGGCACCAUAAAGAAGCCCCAGCUUAACAGCAAGCAGCAGAGGCCCAAUCAGAACGGCUGUCAAAUCCGGAGGCAUGCCACCCCGGGGGUCACCCCUCCAGUGAAGAAGAAACCAAAGCUCCUUAAUUUGAAGGACCCAUCCUUUGCAGAAGCUGGCAAACACGGGACAGAGUCUCUGUUCUUUGACAAGGUCCGCAAAGCACUGCGCAGCACGGAGGCCUAUGAGAAUUUCCUCCGGUGCCUUGUCAUUUUCAAUCAGGAGGUCAUAUCCCGAGCUGAACUUGUACAGCUGGUUUCUCCCUUUUUGGGAAAAUUUCCGGAGUUGUUCACUUGGUUUAAAAACUUCCUGGGUUACAAAGAAUCCUCACAUCUGGAAAGUUUCCCGAAGGAGCGAGCUACCGAGGGGAUAGCGAUGGAGAUAGAUUACGCUUCCUGCAAACGGCUGGGCUCCAGCUAUCGAGCCUUGCCCAAAAGUUACCAGCAGCCCAAAUGCACAGGUCGGACCCCAUUGUGCAAGGAGGUUUUGAAUGACACCUGGGUCUCCUUCCCUUCCUGGUCCGAAGAUUCUACGUUUGUGAGCUCGAAGAAGACUCAGUACGAAGAGCACAUCUACCGAUGUGAGGAUGAACGGUUUGAGCUGGAUGUAGUCUUGGAGACCAACCUAGCGACCAUCCGAGUCUUGGAAACGAUACAGAAGAAGCUCUCCCGCUUAUCGGCGGAAGAGCAAGCCAAGUUCCGUCUCGACAACACCUUGGGGGGCUCCUCCGAAGUGAUCCAUCGCAAAGCCCUGCAGAGGAUAUACGCAGACAAAGCUGCCGACAUCAUCGACGGCCUUCGGAAAAAUCCAGCUGUCGCAGUUCCCAUUGUGCUGAAAAGGUUGAAAAUGAAAGAAGAGGAAUGGCGGGAAGCCCAAAGGGGAUUCAACAAAGUGUGGCGGGAACAAAACGAAAAAUACUAUUUGAAAUCCCUGGACCAUCAAGGCAUCAACUUUAAGCAGAACGACACCAAGAUCUUGCGAUCCAAGAGUCUGAUCAGCGAGAUUGAGACCAUUUAUGAUGAGAGGCAAGAACAGGCCUCGGAAGACAACUCCGGCCCUCACCUCUCCCUGGCCUACGAGGACAAGCAGAUUCUGGAGGAUGCCGCCUCUCUGAUCAUCCACCACGUGAAGCGUCAGACGGGCAUCCAGAAAGAGGACAAGUACAAGAUCAAGCAGAUCAUGUACCACUUCAUCCCGGACCUUCUCUUCGCUCAGCGAGGGGAGCUCUCCGACCUGGAGGAGGAAGAAGAGGAAGAGAUGGACGUGGACGAAAACUCCGGGGCGGUGAAGAAGCACAACGGGGUGGGGGGCAGCUCCCCCAAAGCCAAGCUGCUCUUCAGCAGCACGGCGGCUCAGAAGCUGCGCAGCCUCGACGAGGCCUACAACCUCUUCCACGUCAACAACAACUGGUACAUCUUCCUGCGCCUCCACCAGAUCCUGUGCCUGCGGCUGCUGCGGAUAUACAGCCAGGCCGAGCGGCAGAUCGAGGAGGACAGCCGGGAACGGGAGUGGGAACGGGAAGUGCUGGGGGUGAAGCGAGAGAAGAGCGACAGUCCGGCCAUCCAGCUGCGCUUGAAAGACCCUAUGGACAUUGAAGUGGAAGACUACUACCCGGCGUUUCUGGACAUGGUGCGGAAUCUCCUGGACGGCAACAUGGACUCCUCCCAGUACGAGGACUCCCUGCGUGACAUGUUCACCAUUCAUGCCUACAUCGCCUUCACCAUGGACAAGCUCAUCCAGAGCAUUGUCAGACAGCUCCAGCACAUCGUGAGUGACGAAAUCUGCGUGCAGGUAACCGAGCUCUACCUGUCUGAGAGCCACAACGGUGCCACGGGAGGGCUGCUGCCCUCCCAGUCCUCUCGCUCCCUGGUGGAAACGGCCUAUCAGCGCAAAGCCGAGCAGCUGUUGCAGGACGAGAACUGUUUCAAGAUGAUGUUCAUUCAGAGCAGGGGCCAUGUUCAGUUAACCAUUGAACUGCUGGAUACCGAAGAGGAGAACUCCGACGAUCCUGUUGAGGCAGAGCGUUGGACGGAUUACGUGGACCGCUACGUCAACUCUGACUCCACGUCUCCUGAACUGCGGGAACAGCUGGCCCAGAAGCCGGUCUUUCUGCCCAGGAACCUGCGGCAGAUCCGCAAGUGUCAGAGAGGCCGGGAGCAGCAGGAGAAGGACAGCAAAGAGGGGCUGGGCAAGAAGCCCCUGGAGAACGUGGAAAGCUUCGACAAGCUGGAAUGCAAGUUCAAGCUCAACUCCUACAAGAUGGUUUACGUCAUCAAUUCGGAGGAUUACAUGUACCGGAGGACCGCUCUGCUGCGCGCCCAUCAGUCCCACGAGCGAGUCAGCAAGAGGCUGCACCAGCGUUUCCAGGCCUGGGUGGAUCGGUGGACGAAGGAGCACAUCACCCGGGAGAUGGCGGCCGAAACGAGCCAGUGGCUCAUGGGCGAAGCCUUGGAGGGCCUGCUCCCCUGCACCACCACUCGCGAGGCCGAGGACUUGCAUUUUGUGAGCAUCAACAAAUACCGCGUGAAAUACAGCACAAUCUGUAAGACGCCCUGAACGCCGGUUGCGGGGAGGGAAAGAGGGAAAGCGAGACGUGUUUGGUUGGAGGGGAGGGGAGGAGCGCCCCCCCCUCCCGCUCACACACACACACACACACACACACAACCUGCGGGAGGGCAGUGCGGCUCGGGCCAAAUAAGGAGGACAGCUUCCUCUUCCCCUUCCUCGUGCGGCUCCGCGACCCGACACUUCCCACGACUCACUCUCCGACCGGAGACAUCCCGGGGCCUGUUUUCCCAUCGGUCUUGUGGAACCGAAGCCGGCCCGGCAGCCAGGAGCAGCGCCCACGUCGGCCUGCGGGCACGGAAUCUCCGCGAGUCGCCCGAGGGGGAGACGCACCUGGCCUCUACCCACCAGCAGCAGCCCUGAUCCUUCGGGUGCUUUGAGUAGCUCGACGAGACUCUGGGUGCGUGGCAUAUCUCCCCCCACCUUCUCCUCAUCUCCUUCCCCUCCCUCCUGAAAGACACUGAAAUUUUAAGUCCAGAAUCUUUUAAGGAACACCAGACGUGCGGCCUCCCUCGUCUCCACAGGACUUGGCGGCAGACUUUUUGCAAACUUUGAGCCGCUUCCUGAGUUCUGCAGACCAACCGGGGUGGGUGGGUGCAUCAGACCCCACCACCACCACCCCGGGCGUCUACGGGUCUGCCGUUUCAACUUUUCCUUCUCAUCCGUUGCGUUCCUGUGACCGGGGACGCCCGACGUCCCUAAACCGAUUUAAGAUCAGUCUGUUCUUUCUAGUGCCAGUGGAAAUACCGUUUUAUUUGGGUUUUAUUAUUAUUAUUAUUAUUAUGACGACUAUUAUUAUGUUUUGUACCUGCUUGUUUACUAGGCUCUUAGUGCCAUGCACCAGCUGUCCACACAAAUACACACACUCUGCCUCUCUCUCUUUCUCUCUCUCUCUCUCUCUCUCUCUCACACACACACACACACACACAAAAUCUCCUCAGUCACACAUGCACGCUUCGACAAUAGCAGCCACAACUGAUUUUAAACCAGUUCUUCGCCUUCCGCUCCCCUCCCCCCUUCCUGGUUGGUUUUUUGUUUUUGUUUUUUUUGUAAAUAAAUGUACAUAUUUGUCGAAUUUUUUUUUUAAUUAAAAGAAUAAGUGUGCUUAACGUGCUAGUACAACUCUUACUAGCCUUUUUUUUUUUUUUUUGAGUUACCAGAUGGUUUCAGGGUUUUUGGUACCUUACAGGGCGAGAGCGGCGAAAUCAUUUUAUUACACUUUCUACCAAAGGGAGUUGUCAUUGUAAUGCUUUCGUGUGAAGGUUGUUUCUCUCUCUCUCUCUCUCUCUCUCUCUCUCUCUCUCUCUCUCUCUCUCUCUCUCUCUUUGUGUGUGUAAAAAGAAACGAAACCCCCUCCCUCUGCCACACACACACACACACACAUAAA